ACUUAAACCAGGACUUAAACCAGGACUUAAACCGGGACUUAAACCGGGACUUAAACCAGGACUUAAACCAGGACGUAAACCAGGACUUAAACCAGGACUUAAACCAGGAUUCAGACCAGAACAUGGACAGAUGUCUGGACCUGCAGGAUUUAAACCAGUCUACAGACAAACAGCAAGACCCGAAUUUGAACCAGGAUUUGUACUUGUGCGAGGACUCAAAACAGAAUUCGGUCCAGGACUUGGACCAGGACUUGGACCAGGACUCAAGCGGCUACACUGAGCUGGUUCCUCAGAGUUACGUGGAGAGGCUGCACAUCGAACAUCAGGGCCCAGAUAAGCUAAAGGCUAAAAAUAUUAGCUUCAGUGUCCCUGAGUCCACCUCCUGCUUCAGCCCCAGGGUCGAGGUCACUUCCUGUUUCCGUCCGUUGACAUACCAGUCGGCGCUGAUGUCCACAGAAAACCGCCCCCUAGAGGUCGCCGUCCUGCGAAAAGUCAAACAUCUCCUGGCUCAGGUCCACCCCAAGAUGGCCGCCCUGCACAUCACCAAGGCCGACUGUGAGGUGGGGCGGGUCGUACAGGUGACCCCACAGCAGCAGAGGAUCAUGGGAGCUCAGUCUGGGGUGGAGCUGCUCACUCUGCCACAUGGACAACAGCUCAGACUGGACCUGCUCGAGAGGUUCGAGACCAUGGCCCUGGCUCUGGCCGUCCAGGUCUUGGGCUGCACUGGAUCCCUGGAGGAGCGGGCGUCUCUGGUGAACAGGCUGAUCCUCACGGCCUCAGAGCUCCGCAGCUCAGUGGGGAACCUGUUUGGGUUUGGAGCCGUGAUGAGAGCGCUGCAACUGCCUCAGGUGUCUCGUCUGGACCAGACCUGGGUGACAUUACGCCAGCGACACACAGAGGGCGCUGUUCUCUUUGAAAAAACUCUCAGACCCUUUAUGAAGAAUCUGAACGAGGGACGAGAGACGUGCCCGCUCUCUGGUACCUGUUUCCCUCAUGUGCUGCCGCUGCUGGUGCUGAUGGAGAGGGGAGCUCCAGCAUUGCAGAGAGCAGGGGAGGCUCCGGGAGACUUACCCCAGCUCUGGGACUCGGAUCUGGGGGUGGACGUGUUCAUGUUCCACCUGUCUGCAGCCAGAACCAUGGCUCAGCUCGGCAACGUCUACAAGACCAAUGCCACCAGCAAACUACAGGGUCUGGAGCCGGACUCGGGUCUGGAGCAGGUCUUCUCCACAGAGUUCCAGAUGCGUUUGCUCUGGGGACACAGAGGAGCCUCUGCCCCACAACAUCUGAGAUACCACAAGUUCUACCAAGUCCUGACCGCCCUGUCCCACAGACUGGAGCCUCCAAGAACCAGGACUAAGAAGUAAAAGAGAUCUAAAGACUGGAGCCUCCAACAACUAGGACCAAGAACUGAAGCACGACUAAACCAAGACUAAACCAGGACUAAAGCAGCACUGAGAACCAAGUUUGAAAGAAUAGAGUCUGUUUUUUUUUUUUUUUGCAAACACAGAAAAAUAAACCACACUAAACCAGGACCAGGACUUUUAUAGCCAGAUUAAAGCAGGACUAAAGAUAGACUAAACCAGGACUAAAGCAGGACUAAACCAGGAAUGGAGCAGGACUAAACCAGGUCUAAACCCGGACCAGGACUUUGAGCUCAGUAGUUCUGGGGCUGGUUGAUAAAGACACAUGUCACACUGUAGUUUGAGGUUUAUU